UUGUAUUAAUCUAACGGUGCGCAGAAGAAAACAAAAUGUUUUCAGUGCUUCUAAGAGGUCCAGUGUAUUGAACGCAAGAUCUAAAAAUGUGUCUGUGUAAACAAUGCGGACCAGAGAUGGGAUGUCUAAGGUCUGCAACAAUGCAAUGGCGUCUGUGAACAUCAAUAGCGAGAUUCGAUUGCCACGGAGGUGUGAUUGAGGUGUGUUUUAAUUUCUUAAGGAAAGUUGAACACUAGAAUGUGUCCAAGGUAACGAGAAGACAUGACGAAUCGUAUUUUACAAACUUGUAGAUUUAUCAUCCAGUGAUUUUUGCCAUUCGAUUACACUUCGUCACAUCCACAAUGUGACAAUAAUUGUGAUUAUUAAAGGAAUGACCAGAUCUCCGCCAAUGUCAACAGUUCGGUGCACGAUGACGAAAAGACCCCGUGACGUAACAUCAACACAAGGAUGACGUCUGAGAACUUGAAAGGAAGUUACGUCUGCCACAACAGCCGCAUGACGUCCAAGGACUCUGUGUUCAAACUGGUCUUAUUCUGUAUCUCUAUGUUCUACAAAGCCCGAGCCCAGACGUAUUCGGACGGUCUGAAGUUAUUAAACGACAAGCUAAGUAGUGUUAACUACAGGAGCGAACUAAGGCCUCUGCUCGACCAGACGAGGGUCAUCAAUGUCACGGUGGAGUUUUUCCUUCUCUCCAUCGUAGAGUUAAGUGACGUGGCCCAAAGCUUUACAGCCAACGGAUUUUUGACCUUGCAUUGGACAGACGAGAUUCUAGCCUGGGACUUUACACGCUACAAUCAAACACGUGUCAUUCAUCCCCUGUCAGAAAACAUUUGGAUACCAAAAAUACUAUUAAUGAAUACAUUGAAUGAACGCGACAUCUUUGCUGACAAUAAAGCCCCUCUGUUUAUAAACUCAAGCGGCAGUGUGACCUGGGCUCCCGGAAGUCUGUUCCCCACUUCUUGUCAGCUGAAGAUGACCAAAUACCCCAUGGAUGAGCAGACGUGUACUAUAUUUUUAUCGGCCAUGACACACUCGGUGAAGGAGUUGAGGUUCCUAGUGCCCUCCACAAAAGUCCGCCUGGAUUUCUACACCAGACAUGGCGAGUGGGAUCUCCUUAGCUCAAGCGUGACUAUCGCUGACCUUGACACGGGAGUCACAAGCAUGUCGUCUGUUCGGUUGAAGUUCACAUUAAAAAGAAGACCUCAGUUUCUCUUCAUUAACAUCUUGCUGCCGGCUGUGUUUUUAUCUUUUCUUAACAUCAUGGUCUUUGUGAUCCCCGUAGAGUCAGGGGAGAAAAUUAGCUAUGUUAUAACUGUUCAGAUGGCGCUGUCUGUGUUCCUGAGUAUGGUCAGCAGCAUGUUGCCUAGCUCCUCUCUGACAAUGCCAACGGUCAUCGUGUACCUGUUUAUCCUGCUCAUUAUCUCCAUGCUGACCGUCAUCGACAGCAUCAUCACUGUCCACCUUUACCACCUCGAGACGAAGGAAGACUUGCAGCAGAAGACAAAAGAGCAAUUUAAAAGAGCAGCUGACAAGGUGGUCAGCAUUAAGAAGAUUAUGUCCGCCAUUUCAAAACCGGAAGUGAACGACGCAAGUUCCGUCACCACAGCCACGUCAACAGCUACAGGUGGAGCGUCCCUCCCGAGACCCAAUUACCCGGACCCGGCGCUGCUUCAACCUCCUCUUUACGCGGAAGAGAAGGAAAUUAACGAGCUCCUGGCGGCGUUCAAGUCCGUCAGCGCCAUCAACCACGUGAACAAGUACAAAGUCGUGGGCCAGCAUGUCGACACGGUGUCAUUGGUGGUCUUCUUGGCUGUCUGGGUGGCUGUGACCAUAGGCUUCUUUAUUGAUAUGACUGUGUCGUAAAGACAACACCGACCUGGAAAGAACUCACCAAGCUACAGACAGAUUGAAAGUAUGAGAUUGAAUAGCCUCUGAAAAAAAACAGCAACAGCGACAUAUAAUAACGUUAUUCUUAUUCCACCUGAUGGAAACAAUGCAUAUAUGUUCUAAUGUUAAAACAAAAACAGUCGUAUCUAAUGCAUACAUGUCUUUUUGACGCUGGAAGGGCAUUCUUUGACACUGAGAUCUCUAUGAAUAUGUUGUGUGAUGUUUAUUUUUUUUCUGCAGCUAACAAAUAUGAUACGAGGAUAUUAUGUAACCAACACAAGGUCCAACUUUAUAUCCGAUAUGUAUCAGAUAAAUGUGGAUUCAAUGACUGAUCUGCUCUUGCAAUAGUAAGAACAUAAAAUGACUGGAAGGACUAUUAUCUCCACUGACAAGUGUGCAGGAAAACACAUAUAGUCAAGAACAGUGUACUUUGAUUAAACUGAAAUUGGUGUACUAUGUCUAUAGCUGCUUUUAUUUUUUUUUUUUUAACGUUCUUUUUUUCGGUCAAGGGUCAUCCAAAAAUGUUACAAAUAAUUUUUAUUUAAAGAUGUGGGAAAAUAUGUAGUUCGCAACUGUG